AUGAGCGACUCAUACCUCGCCUACAUCGCCGACCAGAUUUCCGACUAUGUUCAGGAGCAACCAGACAAGGUGCCUUCGGGCACUGACAACAUCAACAACGAGGCACCCAGAUCCAUCCACUACAAAACUUGCCAGGCUUGUCUCGAGAGCCAUGAAAGGAGACUCUUGUGGCUCUGCCCUGUGGCCAUUACUGGUGUCGCGACUGUCUCUCGCGCGCCUGCUCAAAUAUGUGACGACAAAUGCGUCGUCGACUUGAAACUCGCGCUGGAGGUUCUGCCCGAAGACGAAUCCAGGCGCCUCAAGAGCAAAAUGCAGGAGUUCGACAUGAACCUGCGCGAGCGUUGCUACUGCGCCAACAAGGACUGCGGUGAAUGGAUCCCGCCAGUCGUCAAGGAAAUCGACAACCUUGCUCAGUGCAAGAAGUGUGGCGAGUCAACUUGUAAGCUGUGCCAUGCUCUGAACCACGAGGGCAAGUGCGCCGGGCCCACAAAGGAAGACGAGCAGGCAGUUGCUCUCAUCGAGAAGGAGGGCUACCAGAAGUGCUCGCAGUGCUACAGAGUAGUUGAAAGAACAGCAGGAUGUUCACACAUGACCUGCUACUGUGGCUACGAAUUCUGCUACCACUGCGGUAAACAAAUCGGCGUGUGCAACGGCUGCGGACAUCUGGAACCAGACAAUGCACCAGUACCACUCACAAACUUCCUCGAGGAUACAGUCAAUGAACCUUGGAUGACGAUGGUGGAAGAGGCGCUUUUCGCCUUGCGCAUCAUGGACCGCCCUGACACUCCCUCUGGCUUGACUUCAGAGUAUAUCCUCGACACUGAAGGAAUGCCUGAUCUGGAAGAGCGUCGGGUUUCUGAUGCGGUGUUGUUCUCGAUGUUUGGUACUGCGCGCUUGCAGGUCCACGCAGAUGGCACUGCGACUCUGUUUAGUGUAGGAGAGGACUUCAUACAGAAUGACGAAGAAGAGGAAGAAGAAGAAGAAGAAGAAGAGGAGGAGGAGGAUGAGGAGGCUGACUGGGACAUGUGA